AUGGCAAUGAUGACAGGUGAUGUGUAUGCAACAACACUUGAUCAUCCAGUUUUUCUGCCUACAGAUAGAUCAUUGAAUCCAUUCAGUGAUCGUUUCAUACAAAGAGUUAUUAAUAUGGACCGUCAAAAACUCUAUAAUAUUCCGCAAAUGGAUGACGAUGAGUUUUUACUAGAAUUAAUGCACAAUGAUGAUACAUUAGGUGGUUCGUUAUCUCGUGCUAUGGAAGAUGAUCCAUACGAAGUAAUUUUUGAUGAUAAACUUGAUGAUCAACUUACAUUACAAGAUAAUAUCGAUGGUGAAUGGGUGUAUUUGAUGUCCGCCGGACCGCUAACAGUUAAUUAUAUUGGUAAUCUUCUUGUUCUUGCUAGUAAACGUGACUUUCCAUUGACUCCUCCACCACAUUUUACCUUUCAAUACAUAAAAGAUCCAAGUUCUUUUAAAGCGACACUUGCCCAAGUCGCAGGUUCUAUGUUCGCAGCUCUUCAUGGCGCGCACACCGCUAUGGAUAGUAUUCAACUCAAAGUUCAACAAGUACCAGGUCAUGUUAAAACAGCUCUCAAAAUAGUUCUUGCCGGUUCACCUAUGAUAAUCGAAAUGAUGCUUCCAAACACAUUAAAUACUAUUGGUAGAAUUGCUAAUGAAAGUGCCUCACUAGCGAGAAGAACAUUUGAUAAAUUUUCUUCUGUACAAGAACUUAUUGCUGAAAUUAUAGAAGCAAAUACAAAUACUCAUUCAUCACAAACGAAUAUUGUUGCUCAAAUUCAAGCACAAAUCGACAACGCUAAAGAUGAACAACAAAAUCUCAACAACAAUAUUAAUUCUAUCACUAGUCAAUAUGAUGAUGCUCGACGAGAACUGGAAAAAGCUCGCGAAGAAUAUCAAUUAGCCUAUAAUUCGAUUCCGACUGUUCGUGGAUGGUUUAAAAAAAUUUUUCGUAAAAUAAUUAAUGUAGUCGUGGCGAUUGUCACUGCUCCACUACGCAUCCUUGGAUGUGUCUUAGGAUUAUGUUACAAUAAUCAAGCUGCUCUUCAAGCAGCACAAGCAGCAGCUGAAACAGCUAAACAAAAUGCUAUAGCUAAAGCAAAUCAUUUACGUCAAUUAUUAGAGGAAGCUGAAAAACGUCAUGCUGCUUUCGCUCAACAACAAGCAGCUGAACAACAAAAACUCAUUGAUAUAAUUAAUAAAAUUGCUGCUCUUGAUUUAGAUAGACUGAGUGAAAAAGAAAUUAUGGAUAUUCUUAUUGAAUCUAUCUUACAAAUGAAUCAAAUAAAAGAACAAUGGGGACGUUUGAUUCAAUUCUUUUCCAAAUUAACCAUUCAAGCCGAUAGUACACAACAGAUUAUUGUACAUGAAUUCAUCAAUGCCAUUAAAGACGCACAAGCACAUAACGUAUUAAUUGAACCAAGUGAUCGAGAACUUUUUGUUGAAAUUUUAAGUAUUACAUGUCAAGAAAUAGAACGAGGUGCUCAUUUACUCUAUGUUAUGUCUAAAACUUAUUAUGAUAUUUCUUCUGAUUAUAUGAUUGGACAAGUUCUCAGUAUGGAUAAAUUACUUCAAUUACAAACGUCUAGUGAACGAUCCGCUCAAUUACGUUUAAUCUCCUCAAAUACAACUUUAAUUUCAACAAAAGUUAUGCAAUUAGCUCAAUCUCGACAAAAUGAGUAUAAUAUACGUAACAAAGCACGUCGCGAAGAAUAUGAACGAUUUUUAGCUCAAGUAGCUGAAGAAGAUUUAGAAGGUUCUAUUGGUUAA